CGUUAACGUUGCGAAUGUGUGACAACUCCGGAUCGGUUCAUUGAAUUCUUUACCGGUUUCAGAUAUAUCGGAUACCAGCGGAGCUAGCUAGCUAGCUCCUGAUCCUGGCUCGAGUUGUAGCUCAGACAUGGCGAAACUGAAGAUGACGGAUGCUGAUGACACACAUCGCCUCAACUUGGCCUACCAAGACUUGAAAGAACUUCCAGACAACAUUAUUCUUCAUUAUUCUAAGACAACAUUUGUUUUAGACCUGAGCCAUAACAAGUUUUCAGAGCUAAGGACAUUGGAGAGCUUUGACAAUAUUCACACACUAAUCUUGGAUAACAAUGAGAUAAAGUCACAUACAAAGUUCCCUCCAAUGCCCUGCUUACAUACCCUGUGGGUCAACCGUAAUAACAUCACCAACUUAACAACAUUUGUUGAGACCUUGGCCCAGAACUUUCCCAAGCUGAAGUUUCUUAGCAUGAUGAACAACCCUGCUGCACCAAGCUACUUCAAUGGAGGCACUUUUCAACAGUUUCAAGACUAUAGGCAGUAUGUGAUCAGUCAGCUUCCUGUACUUGAGACAUUAGAUGAUCAACCAGUCACUUGGGAUGAGAGACAGGAAGCUGAAAGGAUAUAUAAACAGAUGUUCACCACAAAACAAAGAACAAAGAAGAAAACUCCUGAUAGGAAAUCCAAGCCAAGGCGGCAUUCAUCCAGUCGUAAGAGCAUGGAAGAAGAGACUACUGGUGCAAUAGACACUUUACCUGAUCUUCCAGAUCUUACAGGAGAAACAUGAUGGAAACCAUCUUUAUUUCAGCAUUCAAAUACACAAACGAAGGGACCACUGGCGAGUAGUUGUAAUGAAAGGAUGCAAAGGUGUGGUGCUUUUUACAAGAGACUGUUAUUCAUCUAUCAACUCCAGGUCGCCAAGCUCAACACUGUCUUCCAGCUUUUGAUUGUGAAUCAGAACAAUAUAUUGUAAGCAGAAUCCAAUUCUUAUUUCAUUGCAUUUCACCUAUCACAAGAGCACACCUGCUGCAUUAUGAUAUAUUUGCCAUCUGAUAUAGUCUGCAGGCACAGACCCUAAUUGACAUUUUAACUAACAGUCUGACAUUAGUUUGAUGGCAUGAGGCAUCAAUGAGGCAUGAACCAAUUGUACUGCACUCUCAUUUAGCCCAGGGAGUCUGAAAAAUUCAGACAACUUUAGAAUGUUUCAACAAUCCAGGUUUUGUUCCUGCAUUCCAAUUCGGAUACAAGUAUAAGUAAUGGCAUUGUUCAGUAUUCAAC